GGGUGCGGUGUGGUGAGGGAGGCGGUAAGGGGAGGCAGCCGACAAGGGGAGGCAGCCGACGCACAAGAUGGCCGCUGCUGCAGCGGCGGUGGCAGAGGGGUGGCGGGCGACGGUGGUGGUGGAGCCCCGGGGCCUGCGAGUGCUGGAAGAGCAGGGCGCUGCGGUUGCCCCCGUGUGCCACAGCUGAGGGGGCCGGUAGCCGCUGCGGGGAGCCCGGCCCGUGUGGUUAUGUUUCACACUAUGUGCUGACUGUCUGUACUUACAGAAGAUAUUUAAAAACAAACAGACUUUUUCUUCAAAGAUUUUGAUUCCAGUGGAAUCUGUGCUUUAGUUUUUUGUCCUGUCAAUUAACUCCUGAAGCAAUGCCUGUACAAGCUCCACAAUGGACGGAUUUUCUCUCCUGCCCGAUUUGCACACAGACUUUUGAUGAAACAAUCCGGAAGCCCAUCAGCUUGGGUUGCGGCCACACUGUCUGCAAGAUGUGCCUCAACAAGCUCCACCGUAAGGCAUGCCCUUUUGACCAGACCACUAUCAAUACAGACAUUGAACUCCUUCCUGUGAACUCAGCCUUGCUGCAACUAGUGGGUGCUCAGGUUCCUGAGCAGCAGCCGAUUACUUUAUGUAGUGGAGCUGAAGAUACCAAGCAUUAUGAGGAGGGCAAGAAAUGCGUGGAAGAAUUAGCAUUGUACCUCAAACCACUCAGCAGUGCGAGAGGUGUGGGUCUUAACAGUACUACUCAGAGUGUGCUAAGUCGUCCCAUGCAAAGGAAACUUGUGACAUUAGUUCAUUGCCAGCUAGUGGAGGAAGAAGGGCGGAUCAGAGCCAUGCGUGCAGCACGGUCGCUGGGUGAAAGAACAGUCACAGAGCUCAUUCUUCAGCACCAAAAUCCUCAGCAGCUCUCUUCUAACCUCUGGGCUGCAGUGAGAGCCAGAGGGUGCCAGUUCCUUGGACCAGCAAUGCAAGAGGAGGCUUUAAAGCUGGUUCUACUGGCUCUGGAAGAUGGAUCUGCUUUGUCACGAAAGGUCUUGGUUCUCUUUGUGGUUCAGAGGCUGGAGCCACGAUUUCCUCAGGCUUCUAAAACUAGCAUUGGGCAUGUUGUCCAGCUUCUUUACAGAGCCUCGUGCUUCAAGGUGACAAAGCGAGAUGAGGAUUCUUCCCUGAUGCAGCUGAAGGAGGAAUUUCGGACGUACGAAGCUCUGAGAAGGGAACAUGAUUCCCAGAUAGUUCAAAUUGCUAUGGAAGCAGGUUUACGCAUUGCGCCAGAUCAGUGGUCUUCACUGUUAUACGGAGACCAGUCUCAUAAAUCCCACAUGCAGUCUAUUAUUGACAAGUUGCAGACACCGGCCUCGUUUGCACAGAGUGUUCAAGAAUUAACUAUUGCUCUUCAGAGGACUGGAGAUCCAGCUAACCUGAAUCGUCUUCGACCUCACCUCGAGCUCCUGGCGAAUAUUGAUCCCAGUCCAGAUGCUCCACCUCCGACAUGGGAACAGCUGGAAAAUGGACUAGUUGCUGUGAGGACUGUGGUUCAUGGCUUAGUUGAUUAUAUCCAGAAUCACAGCAAGAAAGGAACAGAUCAGCAACAGCCUCCUCAGCACAGCAAGUACAAGACAUACAUGUGCCGAGACAUGAAACAGAGAGGAGGAUGCCCCCGAGGGGCCAGCUGCACCUUUGCACAUUCACAGGAGGAGCUAGAAAAAUUCCGUAAAAUGAACAAGCGCCUGGUUCCCAGAAGACCCCUGAGUGCCUCCCUGGGCCAGCUAAAUGAGGUGGGCCUGCCUUCAGGAGCUAUCCUCUCAGAGGAAGGGGGAGUGGACUUGCCCAAUAGGAAAACUUCUGCUCUGCCAAAUGGAAUUGUGUCAACAGGCAGCACGGUGACGCAACUUAUUUCUCGAGGGACUGACUCCAGUUAUGAAACUGCUCUGAAGCCAGGGAAGAUGGACCAUCUGAGUAGCAGUGCCCCUGGAUCCCCUCCUGACUUGCUGGAAUCUGUCCCCAAGAGCUCCAUUUCUGCCUUACCAGUGAACCCUCACCCUGUGCCCACUAGAGCACCAGCAGAUCUGUCUUCAGUGUCUGUCACCAAGCAGUUGCAAAUGGUACCACGAGGGUCUCAGUUGUAUAAUACUCAGCAAGCAGAUAUGUUUUGUCCAGAUCCUAGAGGAGCUGCCCCACCAUUUGAGCCAGCACCCUACCAACAAGGAGUUUACUAUCCCACUCAGUCCAUGUCUCGCUUUGUCCGACCUCCUCCAUCAGCUCCUGAACCUGGUCCGCCUUAUUUAGACCAUUAUCCACCCUACCUUCAGGAUCGUGUGGUGAGCCCACAGUACACGCAGCCACAGCAGUAUCCUCCUAUGGGACAACCCAUAUACCCACCGCACUAUGAUAGCCGUCGCAUAUAUCCCCCUGUCCAGCCUUAUCAGCGAGAGGAUAUUGUCCGAGGAAGCCCUGUACCCAUUGAAAUUCCGCAAGCAGCUGUACCUUCCUACGUACCUGAAUCCAGAGACAGAUACCAGCAAACAGAGGGUUAUUGCCCAGUGGCUCCGCAUCUCAGUCAGAUCAGACCUUCAUGCCACAGGCCUCAUCCCAGCCUGGACGAACUUCACCGACGACGGAAAGAGAUCAUGGCCCAGCUAGAAGGGAGGAAGGUGAUUUCUCCACCUCCUUUUGCACCAUCACCAACCUUGCCUCACCCUUUUCAUUCAGAGGAGAUUUUUGUGUUUGUACAGUACUUGGAUGAAGACCUGAAGGUAGCUGGGAAAUACAAAGGAAAUGACUAUAGCCAGUACUCUCCCUGGUCCUGUGACACCAUCGGCUCCUACAUUGGAACCAAAGAUGCAAAACCCAAAGAUGUUGUGGCAGCAAGGAGUGUGGAGAUGGCGAACGUAGAUAGUAAAGCCAUGCGUGACCAGCAAUUAGACAUGCAACGAAGAGCAGCAGAGACUGGUGAUGAUGACCUCAUUCCAUUUGGAGACCGACCAACUGUGUCGAGAUUUGGGGCUAUCUCUCGUACUUCCAAAGCGAUGUACCAGAAUUCUGGUCCCAUGCAGGCCAUGGCAGUUCAGGGAGCUACCACCAAAUCAAUCAUUUCAGCAGACUACAAUCCUUAUGGAACUCACAGUGGCUGGGGAGGUUCUCCAUAUUCUCCUCAUCAAAAUAUACCUUCUCAGGGACGUUUCAAUGACAGGGAGAGACUGUCCAUGUCAGAUGUGGCUGGUCAUGGGAAACAGUUGCCUUCAGCGGAGCGAGAGCAGCAGCUGCGCAUGGAGCUGCAGCAAGUAGACCAUCAAAUUAGCCAGCAGACACAAAUGCGAGGACUAGAGAGGGAGGCGACUACCCUGGCAGGCCAACCACAGCCCCCACCCCCACCUCCCAAGUGGCCUGGGAUGAUCUCAAGUGAACAGCUGAGCUUGGAGCUACACCGGGUGGAAAGGGAAAUUGGGAAGAGAACCCGUGAGCUGAGCAUGGAGGGCCAGUCUUCACUGGAUAUAAAAACCAAACUGGGUACCACUAAGCAGGCAGAAAAUGGACAAUUAGAACCGCAAAGCAAGGUUCCAGCUGAGGACCUCGCACUGACAUUCAGCAGUGAUGUUCCAAACGGAUCAGCCCUGACACAAGAGAACAUUGGCCUUCUGUCAAACAAGACAGCAUCUCUCAGCCUGUCAGAGGACCCAGAGGGAGGAGGAGACAACCACGACUCCCAGAGAGCAGGAGCUACGCCCACAUCUGCUCCAUGAAGUGAGGCCAGCAUACCCCAGAGCUUCUUCUGCUGGGGUGUUGGUAGCUUCCAUCAUGUUUUUUUCCAGGGGUGAUUGGAGAAACCCAGGAGCAACAGCAGUAGCAGAGCAGCAGGUCCAGAGGCAAUGUGCACAAACACAACUACUAGAAACAAAUCCUGCACAUAGUUCACAUUAACGCAUUUUUUAAUUAAAAAAAAAAAUGAAAAUUAGCAGUAUCUGCAAGCAAUUCAAAUUAAAUUUGUUUUUGUUCUGUGAAUGAACUUUAUUUUAAUAACUUCGGACGCCUUGGAUCCCAGGGCUUAAAAAAAAAAGAUAUUAUAUAUAUACUCUGUUUGAUUAAUUGUAUGAUCUUAAUGAAGUAGGUUUUUUCCUUUAUUUUGGUAUUAUUACAUACCCAGUGCGUAAUUCCUCAUCACCUUAAUUUCUCAACGACUAAAACAACCUGGCCGCUUCCUUGUGUGGUUUAAGGGUAAACAAGGAAUGAGGGUUGGAGCGUAGCUGUGAAUUGCAGUGUCAAAAGAUGUGCAGCAAACUUCAGUCUUAAAGCAAUUCUUCCCAUUGUGGCUAGGAACUGAACCCUAGCUUGUGCAAGGCUGCUUGCUUAAAUUAUUUAUUUAAGUUUAAACUACAAGUGACAGAAUCUUUGCAAUGCAACAAGUACAGUCCUUCAUGUAUGUCCCAGCACAGCAUGUGUAAUUAAUGAGGAUAAAAAAAAUAAGUGCCCAACAUACGGUAUUUUAUUUGAAAGUUGCUGGCCUUUUAUUUUCUGUUGGGACUAAAGAGGUCACUAGAACGCAGACCAAGCUGCUACAGCAUGGGUAUUUCUGAAGCUGGUUACCUGGGGCUUGUGGUAGAGAGGCUGAACUAACCAGUGAAGGUUGUGCAGCCAUGACCGAGGCAGAAUUGUAGAAACAGGAAGUAGAGUGAAUAUGAGGUUGGGCAGUUGCUAGAAGGAUGUUAACUGCUGAUGAGCUGGGGAACCAUGUUAGUUCAUCCAGUGUUUGCUGGGCGCUUUUUUUCCCCUUCUCACUAUGCCUUGAAAACAAGCUUACCAAAGUCCAUAAAAUAAAAUCGAUACAGAGAGGAUUACUGACCUCUCUGCCUUUUGAAACAAGUCUUUUAUAUAUGCCUCCGUCCCAGCAACUCUUGCCUGUGUUUAUUGUUCAUUGCUCUUUUAUUAUUGAAAACGUAACUUCCUCUAUAACCUGAUGGUUUUUUUCUUCUUGAGUUUGUUCAGUGGUACAUCAGUUACGUUAUUGUUAUGCUGUUGUGAGGGCCUUUUACUGAAGGAGACCAGCGUCUUUGAUUUGUGCACAUCAACGAUGGCAAUUUUAAAAAAUAGAGGGGAAUUUUUAUUGCUUUUUUUUUUUAAAGGUAGUAUUGUUUAAGGUCUGUGUGUAUUAGAUGUGACACCUGAGAAUCAAUCUGCAGGUUGUCUGCCACUGCUGCAGUGAGUCCUUCCUAGAUUUCCCCUUUCUUAGGGGAAACGUUGUAUCAGUGACCACUUCAGGUACAGCACGGAUCCUGUCAGAAGUAGUCAGAAGUGCUGAAAAGCAAAUUUUGCUUGGUAGAUCACUUAGUGUGCUACUUCCCCAGGUAGAUGCUUUGUAAGCGUAAGUUGGAAAAACCAUAAGCUGUUCUAGAUGUUUUCUUUAAAAGUUAAAGAAAUGAAAGGUUUUGUUCUUGCUACACAUUUUUUGACACUUUCGACAUGCACUGGGGUGAGACCCUGUAUAUGAAGAACUCUGUGGAGAGUGGUUGUUUUUUUUAUUUUUGAAUUGUUGCUCCCUCUGCACCUUCUUGGCCUGUUCUUGUUUUUUCUUUCUGGGUUAAACUACUAAAUUGGAAAGCACUGGUUAUGUAAUAAAUUACUGCAUUGCUUUGGUUGGGUAAAGCAAGAGUUAAUAAUUUUCUUGGUUUUUAGUUUUCUUUUCCUUAACCUUAACUCCUGCUGAGGUCAUAGCAACCUUGGGCUAAGCUUUGCAUUCAUCAUACUGUUAAAUAAAACAAAAUGGGGGGUGGGAGGGGAUACAGUCCCACUAUUGCCUACCAGUAGGAGAGUCCAAACAGAAGACUCUUUUGAGUAGCAAUUAUUUAAUUUGCCCAGUCAAGGCACCGCGUUUAUAUACUAUUUCACAUUGAAUUUGAUUAUGCCCUACAGACCUGGCUGGUCAAGGAUUUGAUACACAUAUUGGCUUGGGAUUCGAGCUUUCUUUUUUAUUUAAAUAAAAAUUUAUAUAUAAAUAUAUAUAUACAUAUAUACAUAGUUAUAUCUGUAUAUAUAUUGGGUAUGUUUUAAGGAUUUUUUCGCAUGAGCGCAGCUGUUGUGAUCAAAUGUCUGGGAGGUAGAAGCACUGAAUAAAAAUAAAGGCAUUUUUCAGCGCACGCACCCACACUUUCCAUGUGUCUUCACGCAGGUUUAUUUCACUCUUAGUUGAACUUCGGCCUGUUAAUUGCCAAGAGUAGUUUUGAAGCUUGCUUUUUUUCUAAGCCCUCUUAACUUCUGGCAAAGAAUCAUCUUUGCACUAGAAUAGCUUCAUCUACACCUUGCCCUCAUUCAUCCAUAUCUCUUACUUAAGGCCUAGCAUCGCAGCCGCUCUCCUUCAAGCUGAGCAGAACUAGGCUGAUGCAGUUUUGAGCCUGUCAGGUCUGUUCUUCCCUUCUCUGCUCUGGGCAUGACGAUGAUCAACGUGUUCCCCUGGCAGCCUGCUCACAAGUCAACUGACACAGGCACUGUGCCCUGUUCUCCCAUCCUUAAGUGCAGAGCACCACCAUCAGGUCAGCCUUCUCCUUGUUGUCUUUAAUUAGUUUACUUCUUCCAGCUGUGUCAUUAUAACACAGGAAGCUUGUUUUAGUUGAGAUAAUUAGUGCAAUAUUUUAAUCUAGGAGGGCAAGCCCAGAAUGUACCUUUCUUGACUUCAUGUAAAAUAAAUUUUCAAAGACGGUUAUGAUACGUUUGAAUCUACAGAUUCAUUUUCAACACUAGGAAGAAAAUCUGGAGGGGCAGAAAUUUUUGCUUUUUAUUACUUGUGCCAGCUAGUUUCCUUGCCAGGUUAGGGAUUGAUUCCCGUGUCGUGUCCCCCCCCCGCCCAGCUUCUGGUCUUGGGAGGAAUUCUGCAGUAAGGUCUAUUCAGAUUGCUGCCCUACAUAUGGUGAAUGCUUCUAAAACCCAUGGAUUAAAAGAGAGACCUUACUGUUGUUUUUCUCUCCUUUAUCCAGCUCUCCGUGCUGUACUUUGUGCAUAGUGUCCUUGUUGUGAUCAGUGUGUCCAGGUGAAUGCCCUGCUUGCCCAGUAUUAUGGUUUGGCUUGUUAAAUAGUUUGUUUAAUAUCUACCAACAAUAUUGAUUUUUGGCUUUGGUUUUUUCCCCUUCUCCUCUUGUCCUUUUUCUGCUUUUUUGCAGAAGUUUAGUUGAUAAAACAAGUCAAACAGCAAAAUGCAGUGUAUGCUUUUAAGUCUUUCUGGAAGCUUCACUUAAAAUUUUCCCUUUUUGUGGAAAAGUACACUAGUAGAACUGGGAGGACAGAUAGCUAGCUCUACAUGUAGCAGAAGCAUUGAUGGUUACAGGAAAUAGUCCAGAAAUUUUAAUUCCCUAGUUAACUCUGUGUACUGCUAUGUUCAUUUCUAAAGCCCGUCGUUGUCCCAGUUGUACAGGAGUGCUGUCCACCUCAGUGAAAUUGGUCUCACCUAGAAAGUGGUUUAGUUCCUUCUACUUGGGCAAGAAGAAAAAGUAUUACAGUGGUGUGAGGGCACUACUGCAUCAGUUGGUAGGUAGGUUAGAUUUUUCUACUGCAGUAGAUGACUUUGAAUGCUCAUGGAUACCUGGCUUUCAGCACCAGCAUGGACAAACCCUCCGCAAUAGGAAGCUUCAAGUGUUAGAUUAAGUUUUAGUAUUUCAAACAGUGAUUCAAUCAGUGUAGAAAUGAUAUUUGUUUAUUCUGUAGUGUUAUUUUCCUCUAUCUUUUGCAGCAUUUCUUCUUCCUUUCUUGUGACCUAGUCCUCUUUUUUUUUUUAAUAGGAAAAGCUUAACACUUUUUCUUCUGCCCCUCUGAUAUACUAUUGUAUCCUGUCCCAUUUUAGAGUAGGACUUCUUUUAUUUAGAUCAGAGCACCUUUCCAACUUGCAGCACUGUUAUCCCCUUUCUUCUCGAGUUCUUCUGAGCCUUAUUCUUUCCCUUUUGUCCAUACCUUCCUUCCUUUCCUUCUGUGGCUUCCCCAUUCACCCUCCCUGGUUGUGUAACAGUGACAGCUUGCUGCCUCAAAACAGAGCAUUCAAAUGAAUUCGCUUAGCCAAUAACUUCUGUGAAGUUGCCUUUUCUAAUGGUGUUAUUACUCAGUGAUGCACAAAUGUGAUAUUGCCCCUACUGGUAGGCAAACGGGGGAUCUGUAUAAACAUGGUAAACUGCUGUUUUUCUUUAAAGGAGAGCCAAAGACUUGUGCUUUACACUUUUUUUUUUUUUCCCCCCGGUGUAGCCAUUUUGAUUGUCAAAUCUUGUAGGGUUUUGUGAGUUGACUGUGUUAUCCUAAUAACAAUUUCCAAAAGUUAAUGAUUGUCAAGCCUUAUCCAUGCAUUGAAUUGUGGAAAAAUCAUUCCAUUUAGUCAUACAAUUUGCAAUGUACUGAGAAGUAUCUGGGGUGUUCUGACAUGUUUUCAGUGUCUCAUGCACACUCUCAGCUGCUGGAAUGGCUCAUUUAGAGAAGAAGGAGGAACAUAAAAAUAUUAUAGAAUCAAAGAAGCCUUGUCUUUAAGUGUUUAAAUCUAAACUGAAUACUGAUUUAAAAUUUCUUCAGUUACAGUAAGAGAUAAAUCUGUGUUGCGAAUGUGACUGACUUUUAAGCCCAUUGGAACUGAAAAGACUUGUCAAACUAGCAUUACAUUAAAUUAGGUGUGGAAGAAGCAAACUUUUAUGAUGAUAUUGUCUCUUGACAACAUGAACUGAGUAAGAUGGGGCAAAUUCUUUAUUAGAAAGGACUAGGAAUGAGGCUUUUCAUUGAUAAUACAAUAAAGCCGCUUGGAUUUCCGUUCCUUGAUCUAACUUAAACUUUUGCAGGCUGUUAUUAAGGCUUUCAGGUUCAGAGAGAAAUCUAAGAGUAGCAUAAACCCUCAUUUCCAUUGCCAUUUCCGUUGAUAACUCUGGACUGUAAUGAAGCAGACUUAACAGGAUAGUUAUCUGGGGAACCCCAAUAUAGAGUAUCUUCAGUUGGCUAGCUAUUUCAGACCCACUUUUAUGGUCCAAGAAAUUCAGUGCUAAUAAUCAGGAGGCUCAAGAGCAGGAGUGUGAUCUCAUCAUCUUUGUUCUAAAAGGGGGGGGGAGGGAAACAUAUAAGCAAUGUGCAAGUUUUGUGCUUGUCUGUGUGCAUAUGAAGAAGUUCUUGUAGUCCUAGGAUAGAUAGAAGGAACAGAGAGCAGACUGGGGCAUGAUGUUACCUUCAUAUUCAAAUUUUGUCAUCAUUCACUUUCCAAAACACACACUUCUUAUUUCUGUCUCCUAAUAUUGGCAGCACUGAUUUAAAAACAACAACAAAAAAGUCAGUGCAUCAGCAACUUAAUUUUUUGUAUCACAAUAAAUCAAUUCCACUGGAUGAAAAAGGAAGUAAAGGUUCUUGAGUUGUCUAAAUGAUAAUUUAGAAAUGAAGUGGAAAAACAUCUGCCUUGCUUGAGUAAAUGUAAACCCUGAAGUUAUGAGGAAAGUGAAACAGCUCUUCUGAGCCAUCCUUUAGGUAUAGCCUUUGUGCUCACAGUUGGGUGGUAAAAACCAUUCGUGGUAUACCAGCAUACAGGUUAUGUAGCGCAAGUUGAUUUGUGCUGGGAUCAAAUACAAACUGAAAUGUCAAAAACUUCAUUGGGGAUUCUCUUUUCCAUACUCAGCUGUUAUUAACUGCAUUGUUUUCUGUCGAAAUGUCAGGGGGCUGAAAGAGGGUACAGAAAGUUAGUUCAAGUUACGUAAGUAAGCAAUUUUGGGCAAUGUUAUCCCAGCACAGUGUCCUUAUAAAGUUAACAUGCGUUCUUUAUUCUUGUGUAGGAAGUCGAAUGUAACUGCUUAGUGUUGUCACGGUCUUCCAGGCACUUCUUGAGAUGCAGGUAGAGCCUUGAUUAGCAGGGAAAGGAGAACAAACUUAAUAUUGAUUUUCUUUAUAAUUUUAUUUCCCCGUGGCAAGUGUAAUAUCAUGCUGUGGAAGCUUUGAACACUAUGGUAAGCAAAGAGGGUAUAGCUUUUUCUGAAAUUUCCCAAUAAAAAGAGCACUUGGGAAUGUGGGUUUGACUGCAUCGGGGGAACAUCAAUCAUUUGAAGCUUCAAAUACGUGACCAAAAUAAUAAAAAUUGGAUGCCUAUAGUUUAGUAACCUAAAUAAUUAACUGAUGUUUCCCAGGCAAUCUUUGCAAUUCCAGUGAGUUUGUGUGUGACUUCAGUGCAAAUUGCCAGGUGUUCAGCAUUUGGGAGCGUUCAGGUGCCUGGCUUCAUCCAACAAGGCGGGUGUCUUUGGAUAUACAGGUUGGAUGUUUUCAUAUUCAGGAAAUGACUGUAAGUUUUAGGAAAAUGCAAUUAUCAACUUCAGUUUGAAAAAUACAGUAUUUGGAAAGGUGGAACACUGUCUCUGAAAAUAAAAAGCAUUAGAGAUGAUGGAAUUACAUAUGAAAUGUAUAUGGGGAAAAUAUCUGUAAGCAAAAAGGAAAAUCUUGUGGAAUAUUUGUUGUUUAAGACGUUAUUUGCUUCUUUGUAAUGUUAAAAAGAUUUAUUAAUAGUUCUGUGGCAGACAGCAUUCACAAGUCUUUGGCAUCCAAACUAGAUUGCGUAUUGGAUGGAUCCCACAACUGGAUGUGUGCACUGACCUCUUUAUUUCUAGCAUUUUCAAUAGGAACUUGGUAGCAGCAUUUUCUAAAUGUAUAAAGCAACCUGAGACAGUAGAAACCCUGUUCACGUCACAGCUGCUGCACAGUUUACAAUUGGUACCUUUAAUUCUCAGCCUCUCCUAAGUGAAGCUGCUCUAACAUGGGCAAAUCUAACACAUCAAAAGACUAAGUUUUUUUCCAAUUUUAAGGCAUUCCCAUUACCCCUUUGGCCUCUGCUUGCUGUGUAAGCAGCCUCUGUGCUAAGAGGAGCUUUCCUUGAAAUCAGCUUAGCAACUGUGCUGUAGCUUGAUUAUUUUUCCCUGUUUUUGAUAACUGGUAGCAUAGUGUCGAGCUCUUUCCCCAUCUAUUUGUUCCUCUGGGGAGGAGGAGGUGAGGCAAGGCAUGCAUGGGAGGAGGGAGAGGAAGAGUUGUGGGAUCUUCAAUACAACAGCUCCCACCCCCUCUUUGAAAUUAUCUACUUCCAGUUGUGGGAUUUCUCAAUAGAUUACUUUUUUCCCUGUUUUUUGUAAGCCUAGUUUUCUUUGAUCUUGCUAGUUCCGUACAAGUCUCCCCGAGACAUUCUGCAGUCAUUAUCACCUUUUUGGGUGGAAUUUAUUUUAUUUUUUGGUUUGUUUGGUUUUUUUAAAUAACUUUUUAACAGUGGUGCAUAUAUAUGCUUGGGAUAGAGCUCAUGUAAUUUUCCAAUCGUAUUGAUUGUAUGUGAUUGUGCCCUGCAGAGGUAUAUUUAACAAAAAAUAAAAAGCAUAGUCUAGGUAAUAAAUGAGACCAUGAGAUUUGUUGAGUCAGGUUAUGAACUGUUUCUUGAAUUUAUUUAGGAUCCUGGAUGAGUGAAGUUCCCUGUCUGCUGUUCUCAUAAAUCAGUGCUAAACAAAAUGUUAUUAAUUCUCUCUUUCUGUUUGAACUGGUUUUUUCUUGCUUUUUCUUCUCCUUUGGUUGUUUUCUUCCUUUCCUGCUUUUCUUCCCCCAUCAAAAAAAAUCUUGAGCCUUUAUGGGAAUGACUGACUCUGGGUUGAUAUUGUGAAUAUUUAUUGUUUGUAACUAUCAAAACAUUUUUAAUAGGAGUAGAGCUUAAGUAGAAUGUAUGAGAAGAAUUCCAUAAACUGAACUCUUUGCAAGUUCAGGGGAAUUUUGAAGUCCUGUGUGUACAGGCCUGGCCAUGGGGGAGUCAUUCAGAGGCACGCAAGGCAUUGAGAUCACUUUCCUUGAAAGGUUAGGUGCUUUACUGCCUUUUGGAAAAACUCCAAGGUGACAAAAGGAGUAGAAGAAAGAGUUUGCUCUGUCCAACUCCCUCUGUCUUUACUCCUGCAACAUACUUUUUAAACUUGAAAGAAAAGCCGCCUAGAUGUUACGCUGAAGUGGGACGGAGUGGAUUGAAGGAGGCAAAAGGCAAGAGGAUCCAGAGAUCUGAAAGUCAGUAUUUGUCUCCUUUAUUUCUUUUUUAGAACUAUAGAGCCAACAGUGUCACUUCUGUAUUAAACAACAAGGAAGUGGAGACCAAUUGUGUGUGCAUGGUGGUUAUAUAGAAAAAGCCAUAUGUUGAAAUGCUAUUUCUUCUUCCGUCUUCACCUUGUGUUUCUCCCUCUUAAAGCUGACUCAGCCUCACCUUGCUUCCACAUAGUAUCUAAGGGUCCUUUGAGUUGUGGAUUCAACAAAAAAGAAACGGGUGGAAAGGUGGUAAUUCACUAAUUGGUUUGUAAAUAGAUGGAAGUAUCUACAAGGUCUUAUCUGCUUUUCUGUCCGCAUUUAUAUUAAAUGAUAAAUUAAUGGAGAA